AUGUUAUCGACUUGGUCUCAUGCCGUUCGCCCACUGGUGGCAAGAAGGAUUAGUGCUGUCCGUCGCUAUUCCAGUGUCAAUUCAGCCGCUCUGGCGGAACGAGUGCAGCGAGUCCUAACCGCCAAAACAGAAUCCGGAUUGACGUAUGAUGAUCUGGCUGGUAAAUUGGGCGUUACCAACACGUAUGCCGCACAAUUGUUGCUCGGUCAAGCCAAGUUGAAGCCUGACACAGCCGAAAAACUCAAGGCGGCACUUCCGUCGAUUUCCGCUCUGGAUCUACAGGCCAUGCAGUAUGAAUUCCCCAUGCGAACAUUUGACGAUGAUCUCCAAAAAGAGCCGAAUGUCUACCGCACCUACGAAGCCAUCAUGCAUAAUGGCGAAGGUAUCAAGGCGAUCAUCAAUGAACAAUGCGGUGACGGUAUCAUGAGUGCUAUUGAUUUCUACCUUGAUGUGGGCACGACAACCGGAAAACACGGCGAGAAGCGUGUAGUGAUCACCUUUAAUGGCAAGUUCUUGCCAUUUAUUGAACAAACAUCUGAUGACAACGGAGCCAAGAGUCCAAGAGACUAG